AUGGGCAACAAUGCCUCUCAGCUGGAGAAGGAGAUCGGCUACGACCAAUUUCCGGCGAAUGAACACUACUUCGGUCUGGUCAACUUCGGCAACACCUGCUACUGCAACUCCGUCCUCCAGGCGCUCUACUUCUGUCGGCCCUUUCGCGAGAAGGUGCUCGACUACAAGGCGAAGAGCAAGCGAAGCGGCUCCAGCGCCGGCAGCGGCUCCAAUGGAAGCUCCGGACUGGGCUCGGGCGGCGGCGGUGGUGGCAACAAGGAGACGCUGCUCACCUGUCUGGCCGACCUCUUCCACAGCAUCGCCACGCAGAAGAAGAAGACCGGGACGAUACCGCCGAAGAAGUUCAUCACCAGGCUACGAAAGGAGAACGAGGUCUUCGACAAUUACAUGCAGCAGGACGCACACGAGUUCCUCAACUACCUCCUCAACACCAUCGCCGACCUGCUGGUGGCGGAGAAGAAGGCGGAGGCGGCGAGGCAGCAGCAGCAGCAGCAACUAAAGGAGCAGUCAAAAGGAUCAGAGUCACCUCCUGAAGCGGAAAUAAAGACCUGGGUGCACGAUAUCUUCCAGGGGACGCUGACGAAUGAGACGCGCUGCCUAAACUGCGAGUCGCUCUCCUCCAAGGACGAGGACUUCCUCGACCUGAGCGUGGACGUCGACCAGAACACCUCCAUCACGCAGUGUCUGCGCGUCUUCUCCAACACCGAGACGCUGAGCUGCGAGCACAAGUACUACUGCGAGAACUGCUGCUCGAAGCAGGAGGCGCAGAAGCGGAUGCGCAUCAAGCGCCUCCCCAUGAUCCUCGCCCUCCACCUGAAGCGCUUCAAGUACACCGAGGCGCAGAACCGCCACACGAAGCUCUCCUACCGCGUCGUCUUUCCCCUCGAGCUGCGCAUCUUCAACAAGACCUCCAACGAGGAGACCAGCGACCGCCUCUACGACCUGGUCGCCGUGGUCAUCCACUGCGGCAGCGGCCCCAACCGCGGCCACUACAUCAGCAUCGUCAAGUCCUUUGGCUUCUGGCUGCUCUUCGACGACGACAUCGUCGAGAAGAUCGACCCCGCCAACAUUGAGGACUUCUACGGGCUGACGUCGGACACGCAGAAGACCAGCGAGUCAGGGUACAUUCUCUUCUACCAGUGUCGGGAGAGCUGA